AUGGAAACUGACAAUAAAUCGUGAGUUUACACUUUGAAAUUUGAAUUUAACACCAAAAACUAAUUUUUUAAUGGUUUUCAGUUACACUGGCGAACUUUGUCGCAGUCCCCCAACUAAUCAAUCAAAGGAGAAGGAAAAAGAGUCGAAAUCUGCAACAAAAUCGGAAAUCUCCUCAAAAUCCACGAAAUCCAGCUCAAAAUCCACGAAAACCUCAAAUUCAAAAGGUUCGGAUCGUUGCGCAGUGAUUCGACUUAUCGGAAAUCGAAGUGUUUAUCAUGUGUCAGUCGACGAUUUCGUGAAAGUCUCAAAACUCAUCAAACAACAACAGAAUAGUGGGAAUUUGAUGACGUCGAUUGAUUUGAAUCGAUUUUCGGAUCAAUCGAUAUUGGCGUUUGUGAAUUUUAUUCAAAAUGGCGAGAUUAGGACGAGUUUGACGUAUUAUGCGUUGACUGAGUUGAUUACGUUGGCAAAGACUUUUUGGAUGAAAGAGUUGAAGAUUAGCUUGGAAGAUGUGGGUUGGAUUAGAGAAACGGGGGGAGUUAGAGACGUAGAGAAGAUAGACAACUAGAGAAAUCAUGAAGAAGUUAGAGACGCAGAGAAGCUAGACAACUAGAGAAAUCAUGGAGAAGAUGGAGACGCAGAAACAUGAUGUUUCCGCUGAAUCAAUGUUUUUUCUUGAAAAAUGACCUAGAAAUCCAAAUUUCCCAAUUCUAGGCCACGUUUUUGAUUUUCUAGGCUAUUUUCAACUUCAGGAUCCCGAAAAAAAUAAAAUUUUCCAUUUUUUGGUCAAAAAUCACGAAUUUUGGAUAUUUUUCAACAAAAUAUCAAUUUCCUCCGUGAAAAUGAGCUGAAAAUGAUUUUUUAAAGCCAUUUUUCACUAUUUUCGGCUCAAAGCUAGACAACUAGAGAGCACGGGGAAGUCAGAGACGCAGAGAAGCUAGAGGACUAGAGAAAAUCAAUGUUUUUUUUUCGAAAAAUCGCAAAAAAUACUCGAAAAAUGUCUAAAAUUCUUGAAUUUGAAGAGAUAAAACCUGAAAAAAUAGAAUUUUUCCUCUGCGUCUCUAACAUGCAAGCUGUCUGACCUCUCUGCGUCUCUAACAUCCCCAUGCUCUCGAGCGAAGCGAGUGUAGACCGCAAUCUUCCGCGUCAGCGGCACUGUCUUCCGCUUCAGCGGCCGGGUUCUCUGCGUCUCUAACUCUCUGGCUAUUCUGUAUCUCUAGCUGUCUGUCUUCUCGAGCGAAGCGAGUGUAAACCGCAAGCUUCCGCGUCAGCGGCACUGUCUUCCGCUUCAGCGGCCAGUUUCUCUGCAUCUCUAACAUUCAGGUGGUCUCUAGCUGUCUGACCUCUCUGCGUCUCUAACAUCCCCAUGCUCUCGAGCGGAGCGAGUGUAGACCGCAAGUUUCCGCGGCAGCGGCACUGUCUUCCGCGUCAGCGGCCAGCUUCUCUGCGUCUCUGACCUUCUAACUCUAGCCGAUAUGUUUUGCAGUGUCUCGUCGAAGCUUCCCGAAACUCCGAAGCCGAUCUCCUCCAAUCGCUCAUCAUCUGUGACGUCACUCACAUCUCACCCGACACCGAACGCCAAAUCCAACUCGCCGCCAUGGAAUCGUUUGAAAAAAUGGUGGCCCUUCCCGAUUUUCACCGUCUACCCUAUCAUCAAUUGUGUCAAAUCUUGUCGAGUUGCGAAUUGACCGUGACUCAACACGAGAUGUUCAUAGUGGAUGUGAUUUUGUUGUGGCUUUCCGGACAGAGAAAUGUGAAUUCCUAUGCACCGGGCCUAUUUUUGUGUGUUCGAACGAAAUUGCUGAGCCCUGUGGAUAAGACGUUGAUCAUCGAACGAAUCAAUAUUUUGGGAAUGCCCGAAAAAGUUGUGCGAUUGGUCCGGAAUAUUCUGGAAUCCACCAACGGGUUGAGAUGUUGUGUUGAUGCCGCGCACAUUGCCAAGAAGAAUUUUACGCGUUGCGGACAGGCGGCAACACUUGCCGCGUUUGGCACACAAUAUUCCGCGUUGCCGCUCAGUCGCCCUAAUUUCAAGAUUAAGAUUAAGAAGACGAAGGAGACGAAAGCGAAGCCGGUUUUUCAUGUGAGAACUAGAAAAUUGGGGUUUUUGGUUUUCUAGGCCACGGGUUUUUUGUUGGAGAGUCUGAGAUUUUUUUUAUUCAAAACACAUUUAAAUUCUAGAUUUUCCCGCCAAUUUUUUGAUUGAAUAAAAAUCAAAUUCAAUUUUUUCCCACCAAUUUUUCUCAUGGCCGAGAAACCCUGAAAUUUGAAUUUCUAGGCCACGAGAUAAUUUUUAAAGAACAAAUUUUUAAUUCUAGAUUUUCCCGCCAAAUUUUUUUAUCAAAAAAAAAAAAAAAUCAAAUUCAAUUUUUUUCCCGCCAAUUUUUCUCAUGGCCGAGAAAUUCAAAAAAUUGGUUUUCUAGGCCAUCUGCAAAAAUUCUCAAUUUUUUUUCAGCCUGACGAAAAUCCAAAAGUGAUGGACCUAAUUCAAAAUCACCCGAAAUCCACGCAAAAAUCUCAAAAUUCACGCAAAAAAUUUGCGAAUUCGAAAAAAAGGAAAAAAAUGUGCAUGUAUUGA